AUGGCAAUCAACUAUGAGAAACCUGGCAGGGAUACUGUGCAGGCAGCAGAAGCUGCCCACGCCCAAGCCGUUGUCAAUGCUGCUACUGAAAAGUUAGAAGAAGAGGAUCAGCUCGAGGAGACCUCACCUACACCGGAUGAGAUAGUCGAGCUCACCGAGGACAUGUGCUACGAUCAAUUGGGAUACUCCUUCACUGAAAAGAAGAAGUGGAUCAUUAUCACUACAAUCUUCCUCGUGCAAACUUCCAUGAACUUCAACACAUCGCUCUAUUCAAAUGCCGCCGAAGGAAUUUCAAAGGAAUUCAAUGUUUCCAUGCAGGCAGCACGCUGUGGUGCCAUGAUCUUCUUGGUUCUCUAUGCUUUCGGUUGUGAACUCUGGGCACCAUGGAGUGAGGAGCUGGGUCGCAAGCCCAUUCUCCAGGCAUCUCUGUUCCUGGUCAACAUCUUCCAGCUCCCCGUGGCCCUGGCCCCCAACUUCGCCUCCAUCAUGGUCGGUCGUGCCCUCGGUGGUCUCUCGACCGCUGGUGGUUCUGUCACCCUGGGAAUGAUUGCCGAUAUGUGGGAACCCGAUGCCCAACAAUACGCUGUGGCAGCUGUCGUGUUCUCAUCGGUUGGUGGAUCUGUGCUGGGUCCGGUGGUCGGUGGCUUCGUCGAAGCUUUCCUGCCGUGGCGGUGGAAUAUCUGGAUUCAGUUGAUCUUCGGUGGUUUCGUGCAAAUUGCCCACUACCUGUUGGUCCCAGAAACCAGAACUACCGUUAUGAUGGAUCGGAUUGCCAAAAAUAUGCGCAAGUCCGGCGAAAAUCCCAACAUCUAUGGCCCCACAGAGGGAUUGUCAUUCCGCCAGCGUUUCCCGCCUCGUGAGCUCAUGGCUACCUGGAUUCGCCCCUUCAAGAUGUUCCUGACUGAGCCCAUUGUACUGGUGCUUUCUCUGCUGAGUGGUUUCAGUGAUGCCCUUAUUUUCAUGUUCAUCCAGUCGCUUUCCCUUGUGUACGGCCAGUGGGGCUUCAACACCUGGCAGAAGGGUCUGGCCUUCAUCCCAAUUGUGAUUGGCUAUUUCAUAGCUUGGUUCUCCUUCUUCCCCGCCAUCAAACGCAAUAUCAAAGAGCGCCGCGACAAUCCGGAGAGCGAACGGGCACAGUACGAGUCCCGUCUGUGGUGGCUGCUAUACACUGUUCCCUGUCUACCAAUUGGUCUGAUCGGAUUCGCCUGGACCAGUCUGCCCCAGUGCCACUGGAUUGGAUCUAUGAUCUUUGCUGCCAUCAUCGGUGUUGCAAAUUAUGCUAUUUACAUGGCCACGGUUGACUACAUGAUCUGCGCCUACGGACCAUACUCUGCGUCUGCGACCGGUGGCAAUGGGUGGGCGCGAGACUUCCUUGCCGGUGUUCUCACUAUUCCGGCCACGCCGUUCUUCCAGAAUAUCGGUGGCAAAUAUCAUCUCGAAUACGCCUCGACCAUUCUUUUCUGCAUCUCCUUACCACUCGUCGUCGCGGUCUAUGUCAUCUACUGGAAGGGUCCAGCAUUGCGCAAGCGUUCUCCAUUCGCCCAACAGCUGGAGGAUGCUCGCCACCAAAUGCAGGUCCAGACUCGACGCGGAUCCAAGAUCCCUCCGGCAUCUCGCGCCAGUUCGUAUGCGCGCUCCCAGCAAGACCUCCGCAUCCGCCCAACUCUUGGCAGCCGAGGCAACUCCCGGGUCAAUUCCCAAGCGAAUUCCCGUGCCAAUUCGCGCCGCAACAGCAUCAACCUCAAUCCUUAA